CGGCAGUGCGCUGUGUCCCUCGGACACAGCGGAUUACCAAUCUAUGGAAAUUUCCAGUGAAGAUUGUAGCCCCAGCAGUGCCACCUGUCAGUGUCCAUCAGUGCCAGCUCUCAGUGCUCAUCCAUGCCACCUGCCAGUGCCCAUGAGUGCCACAUCAAUGCCACAUAUCAGUGCCUACCAGUGCACAUCAAUGCCACAUAUCAGUGCCCAUCUGAGCUGCCUUUCAGUGUCACCCAUCAGUGCCGCCUAUCAGUGCCAGUCAGUCCGCCUAUCAGUGUGCAUCAAUGCCGCCUAUCAGUGCCCGUCAGUGCUGCCUAUCAGUGCCGCCUGACAGAGCCAGUCAGUGCCACCUAACAGUGCCAUCAGUGCCGCCUAUCAGUGCAGUCAGUGCCACCUAUCAGCGCCACCUAUCAGUGCUGCCUUUCAGUG